UUAGGGUUCUUGGAGCUUGGUGCGAGGGGCGCCUGGCUCCAUGCUCUUGCGGCGCGCUCUUCUCAGGCGAUACAGGACGAUUCCCAGCUUGCGCGAGGUAGGAGGUGUGAGGAGGAAGAAUGCCGCUGGGCGGCGCAAUCAGGGUGCGUCAGGGCAGCAGGACCCGAUCGGGGUCUACGAUCAGCUCCGCGGGGAUGGAAUCAUGCCCAGCAAUGCCGUGAUUCUUGCGGCGUUGAAGGCGUGUACCAGCGCCAGGGAUUUGGCCACAGGGAUCAGGAUCUUGGGCGAGAUUCUGGAAGAGCACGGCAGCGAUGGGAAUGGAGAAGAGAAGAAAGGCUUGCACAUCUUUGUGGCCAACACGGUGCUAGACAUGUUCGCCAAGUGCGGUAGUCUGGAUCGCGCUCGUGAGUUCUUCGAGAAGAUGCCGAAUCGCACAGUCUCGUCGUGGAACACGAUGAUUAUGGGAUUUGUCCAGGCCGAUCAAGGGGAGUUGGCUCUCGAGUUCUUCGCCGAGAUGCAAGAGAAAGGCUUCGUUCCGGACCCUCGGACGUUCGUUGCGGCUUUGAAAGCCUGCACAAGCCUGGCUCUCAAGGAGCAAGCCAAGCAGGUGGAUGGAAAUCUCGUCAAGGUGGAAAGUUUGAAGAGAGGAGCGGCUUUACACUCCGAGCUCGCCAGCCGAGGCCACGAAACCAACAUCUACGUUUCAAGCACACUGGUGGACAUGUACUCCAAGUGUGGCAGCAUGGUCCAGACGAAGAGGGUCUUCGAUCGAAUGCAAAGGCACGACGUUGUGUCAUGGAACGCGAUCAUCACCGGGUACGCACAAUCUGGAGAUGCCAAUGAGGCUUUUAAUCUCUUCUCUGCCAUGCAGGAAAGAGGCUUCCAGCCCGACGCGAGAACUUUUGUCGCUGCGCUCAACGCAUGCUCGACCUUAGCAGCGGCGGAUCCGAGAACAAAGCUACGAGAGAUUUGCCUGGAGAGAGGCCGAGCCAUCCACGCUCAGCUCUCGAGUAGCGGAUACGAGCAUGACAUCUUUGUCGCCAACACGCUGCUGGACAUGUAUGCCAAGUGUGGCAGCGUUCGUGAGGCAAGGAGAGUAUUCGACUGCAUGGAAAAGCGGGACUUGGUGACUUGGAACUCGAUUAUCAUGGGAUACGCAGCUUGUGGAGAUGGAGAGACUGCUCUCCGGCUCUUCACUAGGAUGCAAGACCAAGCAGGACUGGUGCCCGACUCAAGAACUUUUGUAGCUGCCAUCAACGCUUGCACGGCUAUAGCAGCCAGAGAAGAUGCCACGGAAGUGGGAGGAAGGCAUGUCAAGGCAGAGAGUUUAGAAAGAGCCCGGAGAAUCCACUCGCAGGUUUCGAAGAGCAGCUGCGAACUGGAUAUGUUCGUCGCGAGCAGCCUCGUCGACAUGUAUGCGAAGUGUCGAAGCAUGGAAGAUGCGGGCAAGGUUUUCAACAGGAUGCCUCGACACGACUUAGUUUCCUGGACAGCAAUGAUCUGGGGGCAUGCUGAGAGUGGAGAUGGCGACUUUGCUCUCUCCUCGUUUGCUCGAAUGCAAGAGGAAGGCUUUGUUCCCGACGGGAGAACUUACGUCACGGCAGUGAACGCUUGCACGAGUCUAGCGGCCAAGGAAACUGGCAAGCAGGUUGACGGAAGAAUAGUAAAAGCUGAGAGUUUGAAGAAGGGACUGGAGAUCCACACCCAACUUCGCAAAGCUGGCUAUGAAUCCGACAUGAUCGUCGCCAACAAUCUUCUCGACAUGUACGUGAAGUGCGGAAGCGUGCCCGAUGCUCGGCAGCUGUUUGAGAGGAUGAAGCUCCGAGACGUUGUUUCGUGGACGACGAUGAUUUGGGGGUGUGCUCAGAGUGGAGAGGCCGACUUGGCUCUCCAGUACUACGCUCGCAUCCGAGAGGAGAAGCUGGUUCCAGUUACGCCUCCAAUCUUCGUAGCAGCGCUCAAGGCCUGUGGAAGAUUGCCCGACUUGGAGGCCGGGAAGAACGUCCACGACGAGAUUCGCAAGGCCGGCCUCGAGAACGAUCGGCUCGUGGUGAAUUCUCUCGUGGCUUUCUACGGGAGGUGUGGAAGCAUGGUGGAAGCACAGCAAGUUUUCGACGCUUCCACGGCAAGAGACUUGGUAACUUGGAGCACUCUCAUGGCCGGAUACAGCCACCAAUGCGACGCAAAGCAGGCUUUUGAGCUGUUCGAGAGGAUGCGAAGGGAAAACGUGAGGCCGGACACGAUCACUUUCGUCCACCUCCUAUCACUCUGCAGCCAUGCCGGCCUGGUCGACGAAGGCAAGCUCUACUUUGAGAUGAUGAGCCGGGAGUUCUCGAUAGCUCCGCUGCUGGAACACUACACCUGCAUGGUGGAUCUCCUGGGUCGAGCCAAUCAGCUGGAGAAGGCCGUGGAGAUGCUGGAGACGAUGCCUUUCAAGCCGGACACGACGGUGUGGAUGUCCGUGCUCGCCGCGAGCCGGAAGUGGAGCAACGUGAGAGUUGGGAGGCUUGCUUUCGACUCGGUGGUGAGCCUGGACGACAAAGACGCUGGAGCCUACUCGCUCAUGGCAAGCAUCUACGCGAGCGCGGGGAUGUGGGAGGAGAGUGGCGAGAUCCGGAGCUUGAGAAGGGCUGCUCGAGCUUGGAAGAAGCCGGGGCAAAGCUGGUGGAUCGAUGGAGCUGGGACAGUGCACAGGUUCUCGGCGGGAGACUCGAGCCAUCCUCAGGCGGAAGAGAUCUCCGCGAGGCUCAAAGCAGUGACUUUGAGGAUGAAGGAGGAGGGGGGAUACGUUCCAGACACGAAGAGCGUCGUGCACGACAUAUCCGAGGAGGAGAAAGAGUCGGCAUUGUGUGGACACAGCGAGAGGCUCGCCAUAGCUUGCGCGCUUGUCAACUCGGUGGCCGGGACGGACAUAAGGAUCUCUAAGAAUCUCCGGGUUUGCGAGGAUUGUCACAGGGCGACGGCUGUGAUCUCCAAGCUGGAGCGACGGACCAUCGUGUGUAGAGACUCGAGUCGGUUUCAUGUGUUUAGAGAUGGAGCGUGCUCCUGUGGAGAAUUUUGGUAAAGAGCUUAGGCGAUAAAAAUAUUUUUGAAACAUCCAUGUACAUCGUCAAACAGUAGAUUUUGUUAGAGCAGUGCACUGAAUGGAUGAGUUCUCCAUUAA